AUGUCUCAACUUCCAACUGAUAUCAGAAGAAAGCUCGUCAUUGUCGGUGACGGUGCAUGUGGUAAGACAUGUUUAUUGAUUGUCUUUUCAAAGGGUACCUUCCCAGAGAUUUAUGUUCCAACCGUUUUUGAUAACUACGUCGCAGAUGUUGACUUGGAUGGUCGUAGAGUCGAGUUGGCCCUUUGGGAUACUGCUGGUCAAGAAGACUACGAUAGACUCAGACCUCUUUCCUAUCCAGACACAAACGUUGUUUUGAUUUGUUUUUCAGUGGAUCUUCCAGAAUCUUUGGCUAACGUUCAAGAGAAGUGGAUCUCAGAGGUUCUGCAUUUCUGUCAUGGUGUUCCAAUCAUCUUGGUUGGUUGUAAGGUUGAUUUAAGAGACGAUCCUGCAACUAUCCAAAGAUUGAGAGAUGACAACUUGGCUCCAGUGUCCGCUGCUGAAGGUCAAGAUGUUGCUGAUAAAAUUGGCGCCAUCAAAUACAUUGAGUGUUCUGCAAAGAAGAACUACAACGUUGAUGAAGUGUUCAAGGCUGCAACAAGAGCUUCUUUGAUGACCAAGGAGAAACCAAGUAAGAAGAAGAAAUGUGUCAUUUUGUAA